CUAUACUCCAGCAGCAGAGCAGGCACCCGGCACCGCCCAGGAACGCAACGCCGGCGAGCUCCCAUAUUAGCCACCUGCCUUUCUACAUCGUCUCUUUUGGUCUGUUUCUGUUCCCACUCGUCCUCGUCGCCGUAUCCGCUUCGCGUGCGUCGUGCCACGGCGACUAGUCCAGUCGACGUAUUUUGCCUUCUCGUCGCGUGGGUAUUCUCAAGGCGCGCGGCCACGGCGACCGCGGCGGUCUGCGAGAUGGAGGCGGCGGGGGGCGGAGCGGCGACGCCUUCGCACGCGUCCGUGGUGGACUCGGACGACUUUGACCUGUCGCGGCUGCUGAACCACCGCCCGCGGAUCAACGUGGAGCGGCAGCGGUCCUUCGACGACCGCUCGCUCGGCGACCUCUACCUCUCCGCCAUGGACGGGCGCGGCCCCGGCGGGUAUAUGGACAGCUACGAGAGCAUGUACUCCCCGGGCGGCGGGCUCCGUUCGCUGACCGGCACUCCCGCCUCCUCCACGCGGCUCUCCUUCGAGCCCCACCCGCUGGUCGGCGACGCCUGGGACGCCCUCAGACGCUCGCUUGUCUGCUUCCGGGGCCAGCCCCUUGGCACCAUCGCCGCCGUCGACAGCUCCUCCGGCGAAGUCCUCAACUACGACCAGGUGUUCGUGAGGGAUUUCGUGCCGAGCGCGCUGGCGUUCCUGAUGAACGGGGAGCCUGAGAUCGUGAAGAACUUCCUGCUGAAGACGCUGCUGCUGCAGGGGUGGGAGAAGAGGAUCGACCGGUUCAAGCUGGGCGAGGGCGCCAUGCCGGCGAGCUUCAAGGUGCUCAAGGACCCGAAGCGCGGGGUGGACACCCUGGCGGCGGACUUCGGCGAGAGCGCCAUCGGCCGCGUGGCGCCGGCUGACUCCGGGUUCUGGUGGAUCAUCCUGCUCCGCGCCUACACCAAGUCCACCGGCGACCACACGCUGGCCGAGACGCCCGAAUGCCAGAAGGGCAUCCGCCUCAUCAUGAACCAGUGCCUCGCCGAAGGCUUCGACACCUUCCCCACGCUCCUCUGCGCCGACGGCUGCUGCAUGAUCGAUCGCCGGAUGGGCGUGUACGGGUACCCGAUCGAGAUCCAAGCCCUGUUCUUCAUGUCGCUGCGGUGCGCGCUGCUGCUGCUGAAGCCGGAGGCGGAGGGGAACAAGGACAUCAUGGAGCGGAUCGUGACGCGGCUGCACGCGCUGAGCUACCACAUGCGGACCUACUUCUGGCUCGACUUCCAGCAGCUCAACGUCAUCUACCGCUUCAAGACGGAGGAGUACUCCCACACGGCCGUCAACAAGUUCAACGUCAUCCCGGAGUCCAUCCCGGACUGGCUCUUCGACUUCAUGCCCUCCCGCGGCGGCUACUUCGUCGGCAACGUCAGCCCCGCCAGGAUGGACUUCCGCUGGUUCGCGCUCGGGAACUGCGUCGCGAUCCUGGCAUCGCUCGCCACGCCCGAGCAGGCCGGCGCCAUCAUGGACCUCAUCGAGGAGCGGUGGGAGGACCUCAUCGGCGAGAUGCCGCUCAAGAUCUGCUACCCGGCCAUCGAGGGCCACGAGUGGCAGAACGUCACCGGCUGCGACCCCAAGAACACCAGGUGGAGCUACCACAACGGAGGCUCCUGGCCUGUGCUGAUCUGGCUCCUGACGGCGGCCUGCAUCAAGACCGGGAGGCUCAAGAUCGCGAGGCGAGCGAUCGAUCUGGCGGAGGCGAGGCUGGCGAGGGACAGCUGGCCGGAGUACUACGACGGCAAGCUCGGCCGGUACGUCGGGAAGCAGGCGAGGAAGCACCAGACGUGGUCCAUCGCGGGGUACCUGGUGGCCAAGAUGAUGCUGGAGGACCCGUCCCACCUGGGCAUGAUCUCCCUCGAGGAGGACAAGGCCAUGAACCCUGUGCUCAAGAGGUCUGCCUCAUGGACCGUGUGAGACAGAAACCUCUUUUUACCGGUUCAGGGAUGUACCGGUGGAACAUCCACGGUUGAUUUGCUUUCAGAUGUGUGCGUCGGUCCCAUCACCUCAUAAGUAUAUGCAUGUAUUCAGCUUCACACAAUUUCGUAUCUCUCUUUCUUCCUCUGACAACUUUUCCACCACAUGCGUACUAUUGACAGCCUUUUGUCAUACACAGGUAUGAGUGGGUCAUAAAAAGUGCAUGUGCAUGCAUGGAAUAAACUCACUCUUUCUCCUA